AUCCGCCUAUAUAAGCAACCAACCAUUUUGAAUUCCCGGCACAGCCGAUCGCAGCCACCCGGGCAAUGGCCGGAACCACUCCCUUCUGCUCCCUCCUCACCCUCUUCUCGGUGAUCCUCCUUGCUCAGGCUAAUAAUCUCAGUCUUGACAAUCCAGAUCAUGAUGCUCUCUUAAUUGUCCAAGAAGGCUUGGGAAUGUCCAAGAGUCAACGCCUGGAUGAGCAGAAUCCAUGUAACUGCGCCGGAGUUUUCUGCCAGAGGAGGAAGGACUCAAACAACUCCUAUGUUCUCCGAGUUACCAGGAUUUUCUUGAAAUCUCGGCAGCUCGCCGGGGUUCUGUCUCCGGCAAUUGGGCAGCUGUCCGAGCUCAAAGAGCUCUCUCUGCCUAACAACCGGCUUGUUGACCAGAUCCCACCGGAAAUAGCUUCCUGCCGGAAACUGGAAGUUCUUAACCUCCAAGACAAUGACUUGUCUGGGGAGGUUCCGGCAGGGGUGCUGUCGUCGUUGGCACGCCUUCGAGUCCUCGACCUCUCUUCCAACAGAUUUUCCGGGAAUUUGAACUUCUUGAAGUACUCCCCCAAUCUGGAAAUACUUUCCCUUGCCAACAAUAAGUUUUCCGGGAAAGUACCUUCAUCACUGCAAUCCUUUGGGAAUCUCAGAGUGUUCAACAUCUCAGGGAAUCCUUCGCUCGAGGUCGAAGGCUUGGUGCCGGUGCUGAAUCAGGUCGAAGGCUCGGUGCCGGUGCUGAAUCAGGCCGGACGAUCCUCGCUUAAAUUGACAGAAAGGAAGACGGUUCCAAAGCGUUACAUACUUGCUGAAAAUUCCAGAACCAGAAGUCAAGCUGCUGCUGCAAAGGCGCCUUCCCCAAGUCACCGCUCGAGUAAGAACACUAACACUAGCCACGCUCCUGCACCAGCACCAGUAACAGCACCAGCAAGCAGACACAAGCACGGGAAAGGGGCAAGGAAGGCGGGUGGGUGGAUUCUAGGAUUCCUGGCCGGAGGAUUAUCAGGGAGCGGAACUGGGUUUCUGUUAUCAGUGUUCUUCAAGGUAAUUGUGGAAGUGGUUAGAGGUAGAAAGAGGGAUUCGGGUCCAGCAAUCUUCAGCUCACUAAUCAAGAAAGCCGAGGACUUGGCAUUCCUGGCGGAAGGAGGAGGACUGGCAUCGCUGGAAGUCAUUGGAAGAGGUGGAUGUGGAGAAGUCUACAAGAAGGAGUUGCCAGGAAGCAAUGGAAAUCUGACAACUCUAGCCAUAAAGAAGAUAGUUCAACCCUCCAAGGAUGCAACAGAGCUGUCAGAGGAAGAUAGUAGGGCUAUGAACAAGAAGAUGCGACAAAUCAAAUCUGAGAUUCAGACCGUGGGUCAGAUACGACACAGGAACCUUUUACCUCUGCUAGCUCAUGUGACCCGGCCUGAGUGCCAUUUCCUAGUAUACGAAUUCAUGAAGAAUGGUAGCUUAAGGGACACGCUGAAACAAGUUUCGGCAGGUACAAGAGAACUGGAUUGGCUGGCUCGUCACAAGAUAGCCCUGGGAGUGGCAGCCGGGCUUGAGUAUCUACACAUGGACCAUUCUCCUCGUAUAAUUCAUAGAGAUCUCAAGCCUGAAAACAUCCUUUUGGAUGACGAGAUGGAAGCUCGAAUUGCAGAUUUCGGGUUUGCAAAGGCAGUGCCUGAUGCAAAUACACAUGUGACAACUUCCAAUGUCGCGGGAACUGUGGGAUACAUUGCCCCAGAGUACCAUUCGACGCUGAAGUUCACAGAUAAGUGCGAUAUAUUCAGCUUUGGUGUGGUGCUGGGGGUUCUGGUGAUAGGAAAGUUUCCAUCUGAUGAAUUCUUCCAAAGUACAGAAGAGAUGAGCUUGGUGAAGUGGAUGAGAAAUGUCAUGACUUCUGUUGAUCCAAAAAGAGCAAUUGACCCUAAGCUGAUGGGAAAUGGGUACGAGGAUCAGAUGCUUCUGGUCCUCAAGAUUGCUUGCUUUUGCACCCUUGAAGAUCCUAAACAGAGGCCUAACAGCAAGGUGAUAAGAUGCAUGUUGUCUCAGAUCAAGCACGAUUGAGUAGUGUGCUACAAAAUAGUGAAUUAAGUAUAUGUGGGGAUGAUUCAUGUGAGAAAGAAGCCCAAGUAUUAAAGAACGUAAAGUAGGACAGUUACCCCCCACGUGUGUAAAAUUAGCAUACGCAAAUGUAUCUUAUCUCAAGUUAAUUUCAAGUGAUUAAGCAUGUCCAUUCAAGGACAUUAUUAGCUAGAUCAAGUACUUUUGUUAGUAGCACCCCCACUGCUUCAGUUAUAUUGAUGAGUGUAUAAUUUUAUGUAUUUAUUCUCUUUAUAUAUGGUCUUU